AGGCGACACUCCCUCAUUCCGCCGCGAGCUGGACCGACUGAAGGAUUCACCGGAACUUCAGCCCGAGUGGCUGUCACCGUUUUAAAUAGGGGUUCGGUCCAAUAUGGCGGAAUACGGAUGGAAAUACUGAUGACAGUCCGAAAGAUCGCCUCGAUUUGUACGAUGGGCGCCAAUGCCUCUGCUCUGGAAAAGGAGAUUGGACCGGAACAGUUCCCUGUUAAUGAACACUACUUUGGGCUUGUCAAUUUCGGCAACACCUGCUACUGUAACUCAGUGCUGCAGGCACUGUUCUUCUGCCGGCCCUUCCGGGAGAAAGUCCUGGCCUAUAAGAUCCAGCCGCGACGGAAAGAGAGCCUGCUCACCUGCCUGGCUGACCUGUUCAACAGCAUUGCAAAUCAGAAGAAGAAAGUGGGAGUGAUUCCACCAAAGAAAUUCAUCUCCAGGUUGAGGAAGGAAAAUGAGCUGUUUGACAAUUACAUGCAGCAAGAUGCACAUGAAUUCCUCAACUACUUGCUCAACACCAUUGCAGACCUGCUACAGGAGGAGACGAGCCAGGAAAGACAGCAGAAUGGAAAGGUAGUACAGAAUGGUGGAAGUGGAAGUGGAGGAGGAGGUGGAAGCGGUAGCAACACAAGUGAGGGUGAAACGGAGGAAAAGACCCAGCAGACCUGGGUGCACGAGAUCUUCCAAGGCACACUGACCAAUGAGACACGGUGCCUGAACUGUGAAGCGGUGAGCAGUAAAGAUGAAGACUUCCUAGACCUUUCAGUGGACGUGGAGCAGAAUACCUCCAUCACACACUGUCUUAGGGGUUUCAGCAACACCGAGACCUUAUGUAGUGAAUACAAGUACUACUGUGAGCAAUGCAGAAGUAAACAGGAGGCUCAGAAAAGGAUGCGGGUGAAGAAAUUACCCAUGAUCCUUGCCCUGCACCUAAAGCGCUUUAAGUAUAUGGACCAGCUUCAUCGCUACACCAAGCUCUCUUAUCGUGUAGUCUUCCCUCUGGAGCUGAGGCUCUUUAACACCUCUGGCGACGCUACCAACCCUGAUCGAUUGUACGACCUGGUGGCUGUAGUGGUGCACUGUGGGAGUGGUCCAAAUCGAGGUCAUUAUAUCACUAUAGUCAAGAGUCAUGGCUUCUGGCUGCUGUUUGACGAUGACAUUGUAGAGAAAAUAGACGCCCAGGCGAUGGAGGAAUUCUUCGGUUUGACAUCGGACAUCUCCAAAAACUCAGAGUCAGGGUAUAUACUCUUCUACCAGUCUAGAGACUGAGCCAGCAGGAGUGACUGACAGAAUGGGAAAGCGUGAUUUGUGAGAGACCGGAUCAGGCAGAUGGGGAGCCUUGGGCUUUGUUGACACAGCUCGGCCCCCUGCUCCAUCACCUCUCAGUCAAGUCCCUUUUCAUCCAGGCUUGUCAGUGGAGCAUCAGUCAGGCCCCAGACAGGAGCAGUUGAUGCCAGAGUGACCUGGAUACAGCACAGUAAUCACCAGGCAGAAGUAAUCGCCAUCUGGUUCACCGUCGUCUCACUCUGCUUUGUGUUCUCAGCACACACAAAAACGCACAUGAGCUAAUCAUACGUCUUGAUGACCUGAGAAUGGACAUUGUAUAAACUUUUUUUUUUUUUUUUUUUUUCACCACACAUAGUACUAAGGUUCAUUUCGAUUAUCUGGUUCACAUCACAUUCGUCAACGCUGGGUGGUGUGUCAUGAUUUCUGUUUUGUCUCACUGUCAUGAUCAAUCCAGAAAGCCGCUUGACAGUUCUUCACCCUCAGUUGUUCAUCUGCAGCGUCAAACAUGGCGCUUCAUGCUGUAUCAGUGUCAACCAGCUAGUUAUAAAUAUGUUGAAUGCAGAACCAGUGGCUCAUGAUGUAAUUCGAGUAGAGCUGCUCCACCUGAAAGGAUAAACCUGACCAGGUUUAAACAAGUUUGAAGGGGAUGAGGAUCUUUUAGUGUUGAGAACUUGACUAGUGAUUUCACGUAAGGCCUGUGGAUUGAUGAGUGCUCUGCUCUGUAAUGUAGAGAGGAUUGUGGAUACCAGAGUACUGCAUGUAAACAGGAUGUGGCUUGGCUUAAGAAUGCUCUUUCAGUAUUCAAUGAAUGUAAAACAUUCUGCCAGUUCUUGUGCACUGCAAGUGCGUGUACAGCUUGAUUGUCAUAUAGUGCACAUUUAAUAGUGCACUACUAACUGUAAAGUGUAACAAAUGGAGAUAGAAAUUAGGGCUUUAUAUUAUUCCGAUUAUAAGUUAAAGCUCAUAAAUGCCCGUCUUAUUGAAACCAAAAGCUGCACACAUUUCCAGUCGUGUUUCAUGAACACUGUGAGAUUGUCUGAAAUCAGUAUGGACUCAUUCAGUUUAGCUAUUGGUUGAUUCAAACAUAAAAUGGCUCUACACUCCAUUAUGAAGUUCCUGAUUCAUUAAGUCGAUUUAAUUGGCUGCAUCUACUCUUCUCUAGAUCUCUAUCAUCUCAUCUGCCCACUUAAUGUUUUAACUCCGCAUAGACCUAGAUGGGAAGUGAAGCACAGUCGAUGUUGAAGUGCAUUUUUAGAUCUGUCUGUAAAUGCAGGUUUAAACUGUGACUUGCUCAAACCUGAAUGGCUUAGUUAUUGUUAGAUUGGUUAAGGGGACUCUGUAAAGGAUUGGUUCUAGUUUGUGGAUGUUGCACAGCCAGAAGGAUGUGCCACUUCUCCCAGUUCACUCGCAGCUAGAAAAUAUAAGACUAGACCACCCUGAGAUUAGGUUUAUAUGCAAAAAUAAAUGCACUCCACAAGAUUAGGUAUUGAAGUCUUGUAAGGCAAAAAGUCUAUACUAGUGAGGUACCAUAGGUUUUUCUCAAGGUUCUCAGAAAAAAAUUACCUUGCCUGGUGCCCUCAUCUCAUUUUUUUUCCCAACCGUAAAGUUGUGACUAAAAUGGAUAGUGUAAGAACGAAAAUGUGGUUGAUUUUUUUUCAUUUCAGGUUUCCUUUGUAAACUACACUGGUUUUAUUUGAUUUAUUUGGUUUGACAAAAAUGUGUCAAAACUAACAGUGCUGCUGAUUAUUAUUCCAUUCAUCCUGUAAAGUCUACUUGCUAUCAAUGCAUGCGUUCUAUAACAAUUCUUUACAUUGUUAUAAAGCAUGUAUAAAGGUCUUAUAAACAAGACAUCACAAUGUUUGUACAGAAGUUUAAGCUUUUCGCUGGUCCGUUAACCUGCUGGCGUUGCGUGUCUUAUUAAGUAGACUGAGCUAUAUGUUGAAACAAACUGACAUAUGGUGCCAUGUCAUGAAAACGACACAUUUACACAUGCUCUGUAAGAGUGUUUGUAGAUGUGUCGUCAUCACCGUUGAAUUAGAGCUUGUCCAAGCCGAGUUAACUGGAUAUUUUAUUUUUGAAAUUGGCUUGUGAUCUAGUAGAGAGUGUUUCUUUUUUUCGGGCUCUUUUUUUUCAUGAUUUUAUUUAUGUGUAAUUAUAAUUGUUAUAAUAACUUUUUUCUUUGACAAUCUCAUUUUUCAUACAUUUGUUAUUUUGUUCUUUAUUUGGACACCAGGUCUGUUGAAUGUAUGGUAUGUGGAGAGAGAGUUGAAACAAAUGUAAGGUUGAUGAUUUUGGAAUGAAGAGAUUAAUGCUGCAGUCUUGAGAUUCGAUACUAGACGUAGAAACAGUUAAUGCACUGAUCACAUUAACAGCACCCUGAGAGUUUUGGCAUUAGCAGACAGACGUAAACUACAUCAAAACAUGAGAGACAAACACAAACUAAUGCUACGUCAUGCUAACGUUAGUUGUGUUUCGUCCUGCCCCUUCCCAUAACAUUGUAGUAAUGUUGUUUAUUCCAUACUGGGUUUGAAAAAAAAGUGCACUUUUGAUAAAGCAAUGUACAAAUUGUAAACCAGGUGAAUUCUCUGGUUUUGAAGUGGAGUGGACCGCAUGGAUGAAAGAUGGGACUGGAUCACCCUGUCCCAAAUAAAAAACAAAACAAAAACACA